AUGGUGGACAAAAGUCAUGUCCACGACCAUCAUGUUACAGUCAACCUCAUGAAGCUAGAGAAAAGUACGAGCAAGCAAAACUUAGACUCCAUGGCAAAAACAAUUCACAUAGCCGUUGUUUCAAGUCCUGGUUUCAGCCACCUGGUCCCUAUUAUUGAGUUCACUAAGCGACUUGUCAAACUUCACCCCAAUUUUCAUGUCACCUGCAUCGUUCCCUCACUUGGGUCACCCCCAGAAUCCUCCAAAGCCUACCUUAAAACUCUUCCUUCGAACAUUCACUCCAUCUUUCUCCCACCAAUUAGCAAAGAACAAUUUCCCCAAGGAUUAUACGUUGGACUCCUUAUUCAACAAACCAUUACUCUUUCUCUGCCAGCAAUACACGAGGUGCUGAAAUCCCUGUCCUCUAAAGUCCGUUUAACUGCAUUGGUCGUUGAUGUUUUUGCAUUCCAAGUCUUGGAAUUUGCCAAGGAGUUCAACUCCUUGUCCUACUUUUACUGUCCUGGUUCAGCUAUGGUAUUGUCAUUGUGUUUACACAUGCCAAAACUUGAUGAGGAAGUUUCCGGUGAGUAUAAGGACCUAGCAGAACCUAUAAAGUUACCAGGUUGUGUACCUCUCUUGGGGGUUGAUCUUCCUGCUCCCACCCAAAAUCGAUCAAGUGAAGCUUACAUGAGUUUUCUUGAACGUGCCAAAGCAAUGGCUAUAGCUGAUGGGAUUAUUAUGAACACCUUCUUAGAAAUGGAAUCAGGUGCUAUAAGAGCAUUGGGAGAGUUGGGAAAUGGGAAGAUCAAAUUUUACCCUGUGGGGCCCAUUACACAGAAAGGGUCAGGCGAUGAGGAUGAUGAGUGUUUAAGAUGGUUGGACAAGCAGCCACCUUGUUCAGUGUUGUAUGUUUCUUUUGGAAGUGGUGGAACACUCUCUCAACACCAAAUCAAUGAGUUAGCUUGGGGUUUGGAAUUGAGUGGUCAAAGGUUCUUGUGGGUUUUGAGAGCACCAAACAAUUCAGCAAGCGCUGCUUACCUUGAGGCUGAAAAGGAGGACCCUUUGCAAUUCUUACCAAGCGGGUUUUUGGAAAGGACAAAGGAGAAAGGUUUAGUUGUGCCUUCAUGGGCACCUCAGGUUCAGGUCCUCGGUCACAAUUCAGUUGGUGGGUUCCUAACCCAUUGUGGUUGGAACUCGACUUUGGAGAGUGUGCAAGAGGGAGUGCCUCUGAUAACUUGGCCACUCUUUGCAGAGCAGAGAAUGAACGCAGUGAUGUUAGCGGAUGGACUAAAAGUGGCACUGAGGCCAAGAUUUAACGAGGAUGGCAUUGUGGAGAAGGAGGAAAUUGCAAAGGUGAUAAAGUGCUUAAUGGAAGGCGAAGUAGGUAAAGGAAUGCGUCAAAGAAUGAGGACUUUAAAGGAUUUUGCAGCUAAUGCACUGAAAGAUGGUUCUUCAACACAAACGCUAUCCCAGUUGACUAGUCAAUGGGAAAAUUCGAAUGGGAAUUAG